AUGUUGGCCUACUUCAUUGCGGUCGGUCUGCCAUUGGCGUUGUUCCUCCAUGCCUGCUCGACCAUCGGCCAUCGGCGCCGACAUAUGCCAGAUGGCCCUCCCACAAUGCCGCUCUUGGGCAACAUGUUGCAGAUGCCCACGUCCAAAUUGUUCCUCAAACUGCACGAAUGGGCGAAAGAAUACGGCGACUGCUAUUCGUUGACCGUUGGGCCGAGCAAUAUCAUCGUUCUCAGCGGCCGAAACGCUGUGAAGCAAGUUCUUGACAAGAAUAGCGCUGUCUCAAGUAAUCGGCCAGUCAGUGUGCUUCGGCAACAGCUUCUGACCGGCGGAGAACACCUGCUGUGGAUGGAUGCAACACCUCAAUGGCGCGACUUGCGCAAGCUGAUCCACGGCGAUUUGACGCAAACCAUGUGCAAUGGCACCCAUGCGCCACUCCAGCAUGCCGAAUCUGUGCAAAUGCUGUACGACAUGAUGCAGGACCAGUCCGAAUGGAAGAGACAUAUCGAGCGCUUCACCAACAGCCUAAUCAUGUGCCUCGUUUACGGUAUUCGACAGCCACGUAUUUACGAUCCGUAUAUCCUGCGAUUCGAAGAACUAAUGCGUCAAUGGACGAUUAUCAACACACCGGGAGCCACUCCGCCCGUCGACAUCUUCCCGGCCCUGAAUUGGGUACCAGAACGAUUCUUCAACAACUGGAAGUCCCGAGCACGUGCUGUGCAUGAUGAAAUGCGUGACCUGUAUGAUGGACUUCACGACACAGUCGUUAGUCGGAGACAGCGCAUUGGUUCCGUCGGCAGCAUCGUCGAUCGAAUGCUGGACCAAACCGGGAAGAAUACUUUGACGCGCCAUCAGAUUGCCAACCUUGCUGGGGUAACGAUCAAGGGUGGAUCCGAUACUUCGGCAACUACCCUGUCCAACUUCGUCACCGCAAUGGUUUUGCACCCCGAGAUACAAAAGAAAGCACAGGCCGAGAUUGAUCGCGAGGUCCCGUCUGAUCGCAUACCUGAUCUGUCGGAUUUCGGUCGCUUGCCGUAUGUGAUGGCCAUCAUCAAGGAGGUCCAGAGGUGGCGGCCGUUGGGGGGUCUUGGCAUUCCGCAUGAACUGUCUGAAGAUGUCUGGCUUGACGGCAAGCUGCUUCCAAAAGGAUCAACGGUGUUUCUCAACAAUUGGACAUUAUGUCAAGACGAGAAACGGUACCAAAACCCUGAGAAGUUCGACCCCGAUCGAUUUGAAGGUUUCACCGCUUUCGCGUCCGAGUACGCCAACCUUGCGGACCCAGAGAAGCGCGAUCAUUAUUCAUAUGGGAAUGGUCGACGACUAUGCCCUGGCAUACAUCUUGCGGAACGCAACCUCAUGCACGUCGCAUCGAAGAUGCUGUGGGCGUUUGACAUGAGGCUUCCAACCGAUCCAGCGACUGGCAAACCCAUUGAAAUAGACACCGACAUAAUGACCGGCUACGUCGAAGGGUUAGUUUUGUCCAUCAAAGAUUUCCCGGUCGAUCUGAAGGUUCGAUCUGAGGACAGACGGAGGGCUGUCGAGGAGAGCCAUUCUGCGGCCAACGCGGAUCUGUUCGCCAAGUACGAUGAGGUGAUUGCUGCUUCGACCUAGUACACGUAGUUAUCUAGCCAUCCAAAG